CAGCACUAGAAGGAAGAACAGAGCUUUUUCUCAUGCGUUACCGAGCUGAGUGAGCGCACACACCCACUGCUCUUGUAAAAGCGCGUAAAAGGCGCGUCUUUGUCUUUACGCACGGCGCAGUGAUUUUGGAAACAUUAUAUCAUGGAUACCUAUACCUAUAGUCAAUAUGGUGUGUUAAUAUAUGUUUAAUUGGAAAGUUCUCUGCUCUAAAUCAGCCGUUUUUACGUUUGAGACCUGACUUAUUUCUGGUGCAACGUGUAGUGGUGAAGCGAUUCUUGCGUUCGGAACAGCAGUAUGGAUCCUUUAUUUAAUACCACCGAGGUGCCAAACGGAACAGUCUGCUCCAACGGCACCAACAACGGAACCGCGUACUGGAACCAGUUCGUGCAACCAGUGUGGAGAAUCGUCCUGUGGGCGAUCGCUUACAGUUGCAUAGUUGUGGUGUCAGUGGUAGGCAAUGUGACAGUGAUCUGGAUCAUCAUGGCGCAUAAACGCAUGAGGACCGUCACCAACUAUUUCCUGCUAAACCUGGCGUUCGCCGAAGCCUCCAUGUCCGCCUUUAACACUGUGGUCAACUUCGCCUACGCGGUGCACAAUGAGUGGUACUUCGGAAUGGUCUACUGCCGCUUCCACAACUUCUUCCCCAUCGCGGCUGUUUUUGCCAGCAUCUACUCGAUGACCGCCAUCGCCCUGGACAGGUACAUGGCCAUUAUCCACCCACUGCAGCAGCGUAUGUCAUCCACAGAGACCAAGGUGGUGGUAGGUGUGAUCUGGGUUCUGGCUCUGCUACUGGCCUUUCCUCAGUACUACUAUUCCACCACAGACCAGCUACCCGGCCGGAUGGUGUGCUACAUCGAGUGGCCUGAUUAUACCACAUUCGACUUCAAAAAGAUGUACCAUGUGUGUGUGACCAUCCUGAUCUAUUUCCUUCCGCUGCUGGUGAUGGGCUGUGCUUAUCUUGUGGUGGGCCUGAACCUCUGGGCCAGUGAGAUCCCCGGAGAUUCCUCUGACCGGUACAAGGAGCAGCUCACUGCCAAGCGCAAGGUAGUGAAAAUGAUGAUUGUGGUGGUGUGUACAUUUGCCAUCUGCUGGUUGCCCUUUCAUGUCUACUUCCUGCUACACCAGUUCUUCCCUGAGUUGUUUGAAGAAACAUACAUCCAGCAGUUUUAUCUGGCCAUCAUGUGGUUGGCCAUGAGCUCCACCAUGUACAACCCCAUCAUCUACUGCUGCCUCAAUGACAGAUUCCGUGCUGGUUUCAAACAAGCAUUCCGAUGCUGCCCCUGUGUCCCUCGAGGCUCUUAUGAAGGCCUGGAACUUAAGUCUACUCGGUAUUUGCAGACCCAGACCAGUGUUUACAAAGGAAGCCGAAUGGAGACCACUGUUUCUACUGUUCUUCAUGCUGGGGAGGAAGCAGAGCAGCCCAAGAUCAAAGUUAAAGGAGGUCUUGGGCCUGGAGGGGCUGCUGUUGGGGUGCGACCACAUAGUUCCUCUCUGGACCUCAAUUCAAACGGGUCAUCAUCACGGAGUGUCUCCAAAACUGUAUCCGAGACGUCGGGUUUCUUCUCCAGUAACAACCUACAGGAAUAAAGCACAGGUGGCUUUUCACCAGACAGCAGUAAGAGUGCGCAAGUUAACUGAUAACAGUGCUGCAUUUGCCUUCAAGGAAUUCAGGCAGAGUAUAGAGAGAACGUGUGACUUUACCUGCUGGUGACUGUCAGUUUCUAAGGAAUAUAUUUUCAGUGUGUUUUACCAGAACAUGGUCUUAGAGAAUUUGACCCUUCUUCUCUGAGCACAACCUUCACCUACAGCACUAUUGUGGAAAACAAUUAAUACAGAUAAAUGUUUAUCGUACAUUAGAGCCAAACAGCAGCAAAGAGCACUACACCAAGAUAAUAACAUUCCAGCUUGAAAGCCAAACUGAAGCAGAUGCUGUCAGUUCCAAACUUCACAGCCUCAUUCCUCAAUGCAGCCUUCUCUCAGUGCAGAAAAGGAGCUCACACAAUCUCAAUCACACAAGCUGUGUGACUUCACACAGUCUAUUUUGGACUAGAGCCACCAUAAAGCAUGAGACGGGCAUGAUAUAAGCAUACUAGGGCCUAGUUUUAACAGAGAGGAUUCUCUGAAAGAGAAUAAAUUCUUCACACCUCUAGCUAAGAAAAGCUGGUGACGAAAGGAGCGCUGCAAAGUUUCCACCAUAAGGAACAAAGUAUUAAUUCUGAAAUUUCUGAAUUUCUGCAUGUAUGUGUGCGACUUGAUCCGAAUGCCAAUUCCUAUCUGUCUGAGCAGGACCGUAUCGGGAAUCUACCAUGUAGAAUGUGUGUGUAUCUCCUUUAAAGAGUGCGCUAAGGAUCCCCUGUGGGCUUUUCUGAGAAGUUCUGGCAAUCAGUGAAAACACCAGCAGUGACUGGCUCAUCUUUCAUUUGUCAAAACAGUGACUUCAACAGCUGGCAGCACGAUUUCUAAAAAUAACAAAGUUUUUAAAUUCUGGAAAAGUAGCAGCAGGCAGUUUUGACCUGAAUCCUGAACUGCAUAUCAAGGAAAGUCAUUUUUCAAAACCCACCAGAUCUAAACAAUGUGUGAAGCUGAUGAAUAACGUAUCUUCUUAAAGUUCUGUGAACCUGCUCAGUGUUUAUUGAACACUCAAUUAUGGCAUUAGAGUAGACCCCACUUACAAAAUGUGAAGGUUUAACAGUAGGUAGCUGCUAUGUCUCUAUGUAAAUGUCAGGAUCAAAUUUACACCCAACUUCUCUGUGUCUGUGUCUGGAGUAAACAGGUCUCUGCUGUAAAAAUGAUCAAACUCACGUCUGACAUGCCGUGUUUGAGGCGUAGAUGAUCAUUUCUGUCAUGUAGUUGUAUUUUUAAAGUGGCACUUUUGAAGUGUAAUCCAGCUACCUAGGGGGAAAUAUCAGGCUUCAAGGUUUUACAGAAUGUUUUGGCAUGAAAUGUUGAAAGUCAGUGAUCUGUAUCUCUUUAACAUGCAGCCAUGUGCCUUGCUGCUUAGCAUAAUGUCUGUGAAAGGCUGAGAGGAUCACAGCAGCUGCUCAGACUGCUGUGUCCAGAGACGGGGUGGGGGGGUAGACAUCCUCUGGGACAGUCUGUUACAUCCUAUAGUAUUUACACCCCCACAUAAAUAGAUACAGAUAUGUACUAUAAGUAAACUGUACUUUUAGAGUUAAUACCUUGUUGCAGUCCCCUCAUUCAAACUCUUAAAAAUGACUCUUUGGUCUAAUGUAACAAAGUAUUACUUGUUCAAAUGUGAUAUCUGUGGAAAAUGCUUCUGUAUUGUGGUUUUUGAUUGUUUAAUUUUUCAUAAACGAUCAGUUUGAUGAA